UUAGUCCCGGAGCGGCGGUGGCUGAAGCUGUGUCUCUGCGCGGGGCUCCUGCGGCCGCGUCGCGUCGGGACCCUGAUCGUCAUGGGGACAGAGACGAGAGCCGGGAGGAAGCAGCUGCUUCUCUUCACAUCGGUCAUCCUGUGCUCCCUGGCGCUGAGCAGGGGUGCGGUGUACACGUCGGAACCUGAAGUCUCCGUUGCUGAGAACAAACCCGCCAAGCUGCCCUGCUCCUACUCCGGCUUCUCCUCUCCCCGAGUGGAGUGGAAGUUUGCCCAAGGUGACAUCACCAGCCUCGUUUGCUAUAACAACAAGAUCACAGCUUCAUAUGAGGACCGAGUUACCUUCUCACAUAGUGGCAUCACUUUCCAUUCUGUGACCCGGAAAGACACGGGCAUGUAUACAUGUAUGGUCUCCGACGAAGGCGGAAACACCUAUGGGGAGGUCGCCGUCAAGCUCAUCGUGCUUGUGCCUCCAUCCAAGCCUACUGUCAGCAUCCCGUCCUCUGCCACCAUUGGGAGUCGGGCAGUGCUGACCUGCUCGGAGAAAGAUGGCUCUCCCCCUUCUCAGUUCUACUGGUACAAGGACGGGGUCCUGAUGCCCACAGAGCCCAAGAGCAACCGAGCCUUCAGCAACUCUUCCUAUAGCCUGGAUCACAGGACCGGGGAGCUGGUCUUCAACCCCGUUUCGGCCUCUGACACCGGCGAGUACAUGUGUCAGGCACAGAAUGGCUACGGGACCCCCAUGCGGUCAGACGCUGUGCGCAUGGAGGCCGCGGAGUUGAAUGUGGGGGGCAUCGUGGCAGCUGUCCUUGUGACGCUCAUUCUCCUUGGACUCCUGAUUUUGGGCAUCUGGUUCGCCUAUAGACAAGGCUACUUUGACAGAACAAAGAAAGGGACCUCGAGUAAGAAGGCGAUUUACAGCCAGCCCAGUGCCCGCAGCGAAGGGGAGUUCAGGCAGACUUCGUCAUUCCUGGUGUGACCCUGGUCCGGCUCAUCUCCUGUCCUUUGUGCUUGCCUUACGCUGGUGCUACCAGACUCUGGCCCAUGAUGUCUGUACUUUCACAGAAUGCCUUAUGUGUCUUCUAGCCCCACAAGGGUCCCCACUUUUAUCUUAGUUAGGAUGUGUUUUUUUUUUUUUUUUUAAUAAUGUCGGCUGUGCCCCCCUUCCUCCUGCCCCCUCCUCUCUGUUCCCACCACUGCUGAGUGGCCUGGGACUUGUUUAAAGCUUUCGUUCCCCAUCCCUAUGAGGGAUCAGGCAGGAGUCCUGAUUGAUGCUCGUUGACCUCCCUCCAAGUAGGCGACAACAGUGGCAGGCACUCUCUACCCACCCACCCCAACCCCCGUGUCAGGGCCCAUGAGUAGUGACCUUGAGCUUAUCCCGCAGCCCUUUCCUCAUGCUGAGGAGGUAUCUGCAGUUCCAGGGUGGAAACUGGAGACGGAGCAGCUGACAGGUUGUUUGGGGACCGCACCCAGUCUCUCCUGCCUCUGCAGCCCCCUUUGUUCUGUCUUCCCACGGGAAGUGCCACUGGGAUCCUCUUGCACUGUCCUUGACACAAGCAGACCGGCACCAGCUGUGUCUUCGCGAAAAAAACAGGAGCUUUGGUUCUGUGUGGAGAGCACAGCGAGCUUCCAGGGGACACGGAGCAGAAGCGCUUUAAAACCACCGAGAGAAGAGGAAGCUGGAGCUGGAAGCUCAGACUCUCACUGUUGGCUGCGGCAGCUGCGCGGACGCUGUUGAGAGGCGUCUGCAGGGCGGUGGGAAUGUGUGCAGUAGCUCAUAGCCCUCUGCUGAGCGUGCGUGUGUGCCUGUGUGCGUGGUCUCAGUUGCUGAAAUCCAGUGUGUGCCGGAGGGCUUCUUAGCUCUUCCGUGAGAUUUUGUUGGUGUAUGUUUGGAUGUUGCUGGAAAUAAAACCUUGGUUUAUCAAAGCUUCUUGCUGUGGGAAGUGGGGAAAUGAGGUUCCUGGGCUCCAUUGUACAAACAGGAAGCUGCCCGAAGCUCCAUUUCCCUGCAACCUGGCUUGGUCCUGGCUCCCUGUCCCACCCCUUCCUGGUUCCUGUCUCAAGGUGGAGCCUCUGAGCGUCCGACCCUCAGUCUAGAGCCCUCUUGUGGCAGCGCGAGAGCCUUCUGCUGGAGGAGUGCCCCGGGGAAGCCGAGCCUGUGCUCCGGGCUUCUGCUGGGUCUCGUCCACUGGGUGGGAGGAGAAUGUGCCCACCCUCCCCCCC